ACCGUCAGGUUUAUGAUUACUUUCGUUCAACGUUGGGUAAUAAAUACGAAUAUCUUAGCAAAAUAGAGGAACCAACUUUUUCAGCUGAAGUAGAAGAAUUUUUAAACCAUUAUGCUGAAAAUAAGAAUGCGCCAUCAAUUCGUAUUACUGAUGAUCGAGCUACUGUAGCCAGUAAUCUUUUUCAAUUAUUACAAUUUUGCAGAUUUAAAUUGCAACAAAACGGGCCAUUGCAAAGUUAUAAAAAGGGAUAUAAGAUGGAUGAGAGUACGUGGGCCAAACUUACUGUAGACAGUCUUAUUGAAGUUAUUUCGAAUGAUAUUCAUGAAAAGAUUUCGGGUGAUAACGUCGAUCAAGCGACAAAGAAUUGCAAAACGGCAACAAUCGAUCAGAAAAUUACAAAAAAAACUACUUCUAAAUUAAAAUAUAAGUCCUAUGGAAAACGUCCUGAUUCAAGAGUUUGUUGGAGCGAUGAAGAAACAUCCGUCACACUUGCUUAUUGUGUAGUUGCCGGCCCACCUUUUAACAUGAUCGAUGAAUUCAAGUGGGAAUCAGAUCGACAUAAACUUAUUAAAAUGGGAAAAAAUUGUACAAGAAAUAUGAUAAAGGAUUUCAAACAAGCUCACAACAAGUAUUUAUCCAAGGACAUAAUCAUUCAAAUUCGAAGUCAACCAAGAAUCUUAUUCUUAGUCUAUGAGAUUUCCAAUAAUAGAAAGUUGCAAGUUACUUAUGGAGGCAUAAAGCAAGAAGAUUUUCUACCGAUAAUCAAGUCACCCUCAAAAGAUGAAUGCAAACUUGACUAUAUUUUUGAUUUCUAUGUACUAAAUAAUAUUACUACGUGGAAAGAAUUGUCGGAAACAAAAGUAUUGGAUAAAAAAAGUAAGAGUGCUACUGAAACUUUAAUUAG